UUUAAAAUUUUCUAGGUACUUACAAAUUCUUUGUUUUGUAUACAUCGUACAUAAUGGGGAAACCAGAUAAAAAUAUUUGUUAUAAAAGGAGAGUUAUACUAUUAAAAUAUAAAGAUAAAAGAGAAAGUUUAAUUUUAUCUAAAACUGUUGAAAGAAGAAAGGAAAAACUUUCAAUAAAAGUUCAAUUCAAUACUAAGAUACGAAAGUCACAUAACAGACAUAAAUUAAAAGAGAAAUAUCCUGUUUUUAAGGCACAGUUAAAAGAUCGAUCUGUUCCACGUUGCUUACGAGGAAUGUGUGCAAAGAAAAACAAAUAUAUAAGAAUACCGCAACAACAUAAACAAAAGCCCAGAGAGCCAGGACAAGACAUGAAGCAUCAAAUAAAACGGAAAAGAGGAAUGAGUUUGUCAUCAAUAUCCUCUAUUGAAAUAAGUGAUGAAUUAAACAAUAGUUUUGAAUAUGAUAACAUUAGCUCUGGCAGUUUAGGCUCUUAUACAGAUGAUGAAAUUGAAACUUUGAUGAAGUCAACCAGAAAGAGAAUGAAAGAUUUAGAUGAUGACUGGACUUUGUUCCCCCGACAACACCCUUCUUCUCCUGUCUCAAAUAGAUGUGACAAUUCUGAUUCUAUAAACUCUCUGGAUACUUUAGUACUGGAAGCAGAUGACAGUAAGGAAUAUUUGGAUAUGUAUGAUUUAAAAAAUGAAGUUUAUUCACCUACAAUCAGUCCAGAAGAGUCAAAAUAUGAGUCAUUUAUUACUCAUAAUAAUAAGAACUUCAUGCUUGAAUUUAAAGACACAGAAAACCUGUAUGAAAAUCAUGUUCAAAGUGACAAUAAAAUAGAUGAUAAAGUAUUAAAAAAACAAGAAAAUAGUAACUUUGAAUAUAAUUAUAAACCAUGUUAUUCUGCAGUAAAUGUAAAUAAUAAUUCCAUAAAGCAGGAACUUUAUGGUGAUCUAUAGAAUAUAAUUGUUAAAAUUUAUUUUGUUAUUAGUGUAUUAAAUACAUACAUUUAUAAUUCUACAUUUUCUUUUAGUUAUAGAAAAUUCUAGAAAGUGUCCCAAAUAUUAUAUUUGAAUAUACUAGAUUUCAACAAGUAUUCUUUACAAUAAUUUGUAUAUUAAUAUUAUGUAACUGUUUGAUUGUUUUGGGGGAAAAAAUAAUAUCAACAUACAUAGUUUCGUGAUGUAGUCCAUUUGAGAAUAAUAUUAUUUUAUAUAAAUACUCUAACAACAUUUUUCUUAUGUAUUU